AUGGCCCACAAGGCAUCGGAGCAGGAGAUAAGCCAGUUAGUGCUUGGUUUUGUAACGGAGGGCACCUACCCAACAUCUGAGAAUGUCAUUACCGCGGAGUUUCCGGUAUCUGCUCUCGCAAAAGAGUUAGAGCUUAUAUCAAAGGCAAGGGAGGAAGUGGAAGCGGAGAUCACUGCACUGAGCCGAGACAAUGACUUCGACGCCGAUGGGUGGAUUUCGCAAGCAAAACAGCUUCAUGCUGACAUUGAGCGAUCUCGUGUCACUGCGAGGGAGAUUGUCGCGCAGCAUGAAAAUACAACCCCUUUACAACUAAAGGUUGAAGAUGCCGCUGCCAAGUUCCAAUUGGUUGAAACUGAAAUCGCAUUCAACCAAGCUGUAACAUACACACUUGAAGAGGUACAACGACUAUGUCAGCGACUCGAUGCUGGGCGGGACAUUCUCGGCGAGGGUGAAGUGAUGGACGCAAUCGAAACAUUAGAAGCGACCGAGCAAGCCAUAAGAAAAGACAAUCUCUUUUCAAACACAACUGUCAUGCACGUAUUAUUAGAAAAUGUCAGCGAACUGCGGAGGGAAAUUGCGGAGUACCUCCGUGGCCGCUGGAGCAAGCAGCUGAACGUUGACAGAAAGGCGAGUGUUUUGACACUUUUGAAUGACAAUGGUAAGCAAUUCUCCCAAACCUGGAUUUGGAAACUUUUAUUGAACAAAACAGGGCAUCCAUUGGAAGAAACUAUCGCGGCUCUGGUCCACCUUGAUAUGCUCGCGUUGUGCAAAAGUAAGUUCGAGAAGGACUUAAUUGCUACCCUUGUCGAGCCUAUUCUACUGCCCGCAGUUGAAGGACAAAGUCGUGGCGUCCAGGUUGGAGAGACAUCAAUUCGAGUAGAACCCCAACCAUCGAAGGCAUCAGUGCCUGAGGUUUUGGACCGCCUCGCCACAGUCUUGGGCUUCCUACGCCAACACCUUCCAGUAACAAUCUCGGACUCAUUCUCGAGUUCCCUCAUCCCAACAAUCUCGUCGAAGGUCAUAUCCUACUGGCUGUCUUCUGCCAUACCCACAGAGCUUGAAGGCCUGAGUAUGUUCGAAAAUAUCUUAAACCACGUUUUAAAGUUCACAAAUACGAUCGAGACAUUCGGGUGGCAGGGGUAUGAAGAACUUGUUUCUUGGGUCAAUCAGGCGCCUCGUUUAUGGCUCACUAGGCGUCGAGUCGAUUCAUUGGACCAAGUUCGCAAAGUCCUGGCCGAGAGCCAAGGUACCACGAAGCAGGUAGAACGUGUCGAAAAAGAGGAGGUUUCUGGUAAGGAUCAGGUUCUACUGGAGAAUACGACUGAUGAUUGGGAUGCUGGCUGGGAUGACGACAACGAACAUGAGACCACAGCGAAGCAUUCUGGAAAUAAAGAAGAUGAAGAGGAUGUCAGCGCAUGGGGUCUGGAUGAUGAUACCGAAGAGAACACAACUGAAACAAAACCUGAUUUACCUGCUGAAGAUGACGCUGCCGAUGCGUGGGGCUGGGGAGACGAAGAUGAGGAAGAGCAACUCGAUGGCGCACAGAUUAAAAGUACAAAUGGGGGCAAACCUGUCAACGGGAAAGAUUCAUCACAUCAUGCCUCUCCACGGGAGGUCACACUGAAAGAGCAGUACACCGUAACCGACAUACCCGAUUCUAUCCUCAAAAUCAUUCAGCAGCAAAUCCAAGACUCUGAAGCUAUAUCGCAGCCAACACAUUCCCACUCCCGCGUUGUUUCCUCUGGUGCAGGCUUACUUGCGCUUCCGACCUUGAUACUCGCCAUGUUCAAGGCCACGGCGUCAUCGUUCUACGGUCUUAAACUCAACUCAGGGCAAAUGUACCUAUACAACGACAGCUUGUAUCUUGCUGACAAAGUGCGCAAUCUUUCAGAGGAACAUAAGCUCUCCAGGCUCCAUGCUGAUAUCGAUGCGCUCGAGAAGUGUGGCAAAUUCGCUUACAGCAAAGAGAUGCAAACGCAGCGCACCAUUGUCACAGACCUGCUGGACGGUGCACAAGGCUUCAGCCAAUGUUCUGAGCAACCAUUCCUGGGAGAAUGUGAAAAUGCCGUCAGUGCAACUGUUGAUAGAAUCCAUGACGUCUACGAGGAAUGGCAACCAAUCCUGUCACAUUCCGCUCUACUUCAGUCUGUUGGUUCUCUGGUUUCGACAGUUAUCAACAAGAUCAUCAUCGAGAUUGAAGAAUUAGGUGAUAUAUCGGAGGCUCAGUCCCAACAGCUUGUGACCUUCUGCAACCAAGUCUCUAAGCUGGAAGAUCUGUUCAUGCUAGAGACAGCGGAUGAACAUGCACGUGUACCAAUGACCGCUGUCUACGUGCGAAACUGGCUGAAAUUCCAGUAUCUUAUCAACAUAUUGGAGAGUUCGUUGGCCGACAUCAAGUUCCUCUGGCUAGAAGGCGAACUACGUCUAGAAUUCUCGGCUGAUGAGGUGGUUGAUCUUAUCGAGGCUCUUUUCGCUGAGUCUGACUACAGGCGGAAGGCAAUUGCAGAGAUUCGACGAGCAAUUCGACCAUAUUCUUGUAGGCUGACUGCGGGGAAUCUCCGCGCUUUGCGCAAUUGGCCGCACCGGUCGCCCGAGGGCACAAAUUCCACUUCGGCUGCGGCCUCUGCGCAGAGGCAGGUUCGUGUGCAGCUCACUAGCAAACAAGAAGACAUUGCACUACCUGAGAAUACCGGCCCGAUUCUCGUUCCCACAGGUCUUCGAAGAUAUGCACUCUCGACGUUGGUGAACAAUCUCCUUGGCAAUGAUAAGCCAAUUCCAUUCGAAUUUUUGAUCAACGGAUCUUUCCUCCGAACUUCGAUCGAUGAAUACCUGACUGCCAAUGGUAUCUCUGCGGAAACUACUCUAGAAAUUGAAUACGUGAGAGCCUUGAUUCCACCUCUGCAUAUUGCAUCGUUUGAGCAUGACGACUGGGUAAGCUCGGUUGAUGUGCUUUCCACGACCUCGCCCGCCGCUGCUUUGGCCUCUGCAACAAUUGCUGCGGGCCAAGAAAGGAUCCUCUCUGGCAGCUACGAUGGCCUGCUUCGAGUGUGGAAUAUGUCAUCUCAGAUAGUUGCAACCUCUCCAUCUGCCGCUGAUGGUGGUCAUACCGCAUCUAUCAAAGCCGCCAAGUUCAUUUCCCCAAAUUCGAUUGUUUCCGCAGGUCUCGACCGAACAGUGCGUCUGUGGAAGUAUUCUGAGGAUGGGGAAGGUUUCUCGGGCAAUAUAGUGCCUCAGCUCGAGUUGUAUGGGCACGAGGGCCCUAUCAACUCAUUGUCUGUACAUGCGCCUUCGAAUCGCAUACUUUCCGCCUCGUCAGACCACUGCAUAGGCUUCUGGUCAACCAGGAAAUCAGAUGCACCAGCCGCUCCAGAGGAUCUAUUGCCAUCUGCUGUCUUGAGGAGCUCCAAGAGGAGAAAGCUGAAUUCGUCUGUGACCACCCCGCAACGAGGACCCUUGGCACUCUUGUCUUCCCACACUGCGCCUGUGUCGGCUGCAAUCUUCGACUCUAAUGAUUCUACUGUCGGUUAUUCAGCUUCUUGGGACCAUUCCCUGCGUACAUGGGAUCUAGUGACUGCUACACUUGUGGAUACUCGGACAACAGCUCACUCACUGCUCUCACUUGAGCACCUCCCUGAACACCACCUGCUCGCCGCAGGAACAUCCGCUCGCCAUAUCACCCUAAUCGACCCUCGGGUGUCAGCAACUACAAUUGCGGCCAUGACUCUGCGAGGCCACACAAACGCGGUUGUCUCGUUGGCUCGUGAUCCUAAGAGUUCCUAUGGUCUCAUUAGUGGAAGUCAUGAUGGUACAUGUCGGAUUUGGGAUAUCCGGGCCACGAAGACAGACAAGGAUGGUGUGGUUGGGGAGAGUGUAUAUUCCAUUUCCCGCAAGAGUCUGGAAGAACAAGGUAAAUCUGAGGCCAAGCGUGUCGGCGGAGAGGGCGUCAAAGUUUUUGGUGUGGCCUGGGAUGGAACAGUAGGCAUUGUCAGUGCCGGUGAGGACAAGAGGAUCCAGAUCAAUCGGGGCGAAGGCGUCUUAUCUUCUGCGUAG